UGCGCCCUCUGAUGCGGGGUGGGCAUAGUAUUGAUUGGUCGCAGCGCGUAGCUGUCGUGCAAAAGGGUGGCGGAAUCGGCAGGCGCCAUCACGCGGGUCACCGCGACCGUGGAAAAAGGGCUGUCCAGCCAGUGGCCGCGAUCUCUCGCCGAAAAGAUGGUCAUGAUGGCUGGUAUGGACGACCACGAGCGCAAAGUCGUCCUCGAGUUCUGUCACCUGCUCGAGAAAAGUAAGCAGCUAUUCAACGGGCUACGUGAUUUGCCACAAUACGGACAUAAGCAGUGGCAAGGGUACUUUGGGCGCACCUUCGACAUCUACACGAAGCUCUGGAAAUUCCAGCAACAACACAGGACGAUACUGGACACGAAAUACGGACUAAAGAGAUGGCAAAUCGGCGAGAUCGCGAGCAAGAUCGGUCAGCUCUAUUACCACUAUUACUUGCGCACCAGCGAAACGAGUUAUCUGCACGAGGCCUAUUCGUUUUACGCGGCAAUAAGAGGUCGCGCUUAUUACAGUCGUGCCGCGAAAGAGGACAGAAGCGAUCUAAUGGUGAAAAAGCUAAGGUAUUAUGCUCGCUUCAUCGUCGUCUGUCUACUCUUAAAUCGAAUGAAGCUGGUACGCGAACUCGUGCAAGAGCUGGACGCCCAAAUAGCCGAUUACACGAGCACCUAUGAACCGGACGAUCAACUCGAGUGGAACCUCGUGCUCGACGAAAUAAAAGCCUUCGUGAAAGCCGAGUCCGCUGUGAUCCUACACUCGGACUCGGAUCCGGUCGUGCUGAGUCAUAGGCUUCGGCCACAGACUUCGCCACCUGUCGAACGCUCGCCACCCAUGUGCCUAUCCUUACAGGAGAUCCUCAUUGUCGGCAACUGCGCCGAUCAGGUGAAGUUCAGUGAAUUAUCGAUGGACAUGUUCAGGAUGCUGCAGACCCUCGAAAGAGAACCAAGAGACGAUCCUAAUCAUCUUCACGACGCUUCGCCGGCUGGUAGGAUGCCCUUUAGACCGGGACCAUAUCCCGGUGCAGAAAAUGGCGCGCCAAGGCGCGACAAUCCACACAAGUACCUGCUUUACAAGCCGACCUACAGCCAGGUACAGGUGUUCCUAGCGAGUGGUUUCAAGGAGUUACCCGCUAACGGGGCGUUACUACUCUAUCUAUCGGCCGACGGCUGCUUCUCGACCGUCAAACACCCCGAAGAAAUGGGGUACGACCUAGGUGGCGUGUCGACGUGCAGCAAGCGGGAAGUCGAACACGGAAAGAGGCCGACGGGUGGUAAAGAGCCGCACUGCCUUUAUCCCGGUGACCUCUACCCGUUCACCAGGAAGCCGCUAUUCGUCGUCGUCGAUUCGGACAACAGCUUUGUGUUCCAACAGAUACCCCGUUAUUUCGGGCAGCCUCUGAUGGUCCUGAUGUCGCCCCAGGACACGCCGUCAACUUUGCGCGACGUACGGCACAGCGGUAGCCUGUUUACCCUCUUUCUUCAUGCCCCUCUUGCCGCCUUUUGCCUUAUAUGCAACGUCGGGAGCCUCGAUGUGCAUCAUUGGGAGCGUUGCCAGCGUUACAUCGAGCGAUUCCUCGUUGAGGCCAGCCAGCUCGUAACGCACUCCCGAUGUGAGACCGGCGUGCUGCAGUUCUUCGGUGACGAUUUUCUGCGGCUACUUCUGGUACGUUACGUCUUCUGCGACGUGGUCCUCCAUCUCCAUCGGUCGUUUAGAGGACGUCAACAGAGACCUCGCUGUUAUCCGCCUUUAUCGGACGCCGAAUUUCUUGAGAAUCGUACUCUCCGACAUCUGGUUUUUGAGCUGGCUGCUUGCCUGGAUGCCCGCGAACAUUUUCCGGACGGCAACGAACUCGCCUGACCCAGGCAUUUUCCUUGCCCACCGCCCGACGACACGUCGUUCUUACCGUCAUCUUACCAACACGAUUACGAUUACGAUUACGAUUACGAUUACUGUAAUUACAAUUACAACAAUAAAAUCGUUGCAUUGAGACCUCAUUAAA